AGGAAGCAUCUGUAGUUUGUUAUAAUCUUCAAGCCUAUAAAAAGAAUAAGUGUGCCCAUUCGUAUCAAUCGUUUCGAGUGGAAGUUAAAACAAUGCAGUCCCAAUGUCUAUUAUUAUGUUUUCUUGCACUAGUAAUAUGCCAGGGAACAGAAACUGUUUUAGAUUUGUUUCCAGAGUACAAAAUUGGUCAAAGGAGAAUAGAUGCAUUGGAAAAUGACAAUAAAGCACUGAAGGUAGAAAUAGCUCAAAUUAAAGCAGAUGGCGGCCCAGCAUUUACAGUGAGUCUUACAACAGGGGAGCCAAGAAUAACAGGAAACGUACCUAUCAAGUUUAACCAUGUUAUCCUAAAUCGUAGAAGUGGAUAUGAUCCCAGUACUGGUUACUUCACAGUACCACUGACAGGCCUUUAUCAAAUUUCAGCCACAAUCAUGUCUAGAAAUAAUGGUCCAUUCCAUGCUUCUCUUAACAAAAAUGGUCAUGAUAUAGUAUUGCUGUAUGGAACAGAAAUAAAUGGAGCCAAUGAGAGUGCAAAUGUUGUUGUAGAGCUAACCAAGGGCGACAAAGUGUGUGUGAAACAUAGCGGGUCAGGGACAGAGGUCAUUCAUGGAUAUGGCUACUGCUACUUUUCAGGAUACUACAUAUCAAAAUAAAAUAAUUAUAUGUUAAGAAUAAAAAUAAAAAUAGAAACAU